AUGAGUACCAACGACUUGAUCGAAGGCGAGGCCAUGUUGGACGACGAGGAGAACGACGAGGAGUUUGAUGACGAGACCGGAGAGCCUCUGCAUGGGCCUUCGACCGGAAAGGGCGUCUCGUAUAAUGACUCUAGCGAAGAGGAUGAUGAGGAAGAAGAAGAUGAGGAGGCUGCUCGAGCGGUUCGGGAAGGAUUCAUUGUCGACGAAGACGAGGAAAUAGAAGAACGCGCAGAACGUCGCCGAGAACGAAAAAAGCGUCGACGGGAAGAGCGUGAGCGUGACGAUGUCCACCUUGACCAGGAAGAUCUGGAUCUCCUCGCGGAGCAGAACCCAGACUUUCAACCGCAGACCACAGAGUCCAAGUUCAAACGCCUGAAGCGAGGCCACAAGGCAGAUCGACCCACAGAUGUCUUCAAGUGGGAUGAAGAGGAAGAGGCCGACUACGAUAGGACCGGAUACCGUCGUCGCGAGGACGAAAUGGAAGGCUUUAUCGAAGAAGACGAGUUCUCGGACGAAGAACGCCAGCGCAUGGAGGACGACGAAGAAAUUGCGCGUCCUGUACGAAAGGGCAUUUCCGGUCUGGCCAUCACAGAAGCUACGGGGCUUGAUGAGAACGCCCUUGAAGAUAUGCGUGCUGCUUUCGGCGACGGUACGGAUUAUCUCUUCGCGCUCGAGAUGGAAGAAGAUGAGGAGGAACAACAAGUGGAAGAGGAAAAACGUCUGGACUUGAAGGAUGUUUUCGAGCCGACUCUGCUUGCCGAGAAGAUGUUAACAGAGGAGGAUAACGAGAUUCGUUUUACUGAUGAGCCGGAACGUCAUCAAAUUGCACGCAAACCGUACAAAGGUCUCGUUCUCACCGAUGACGAAUUCCGCGAGGAAGCCGUUUGGAUAUCCAACCUGAUGCUGUUAAGAAAGCAGCACAUCAUCGAGGAUAAUCUACAGGAACCAUUCCAACGCGCAGUCGCUAAAGUGCUGGAAUUCAUGGUGACCGAUGAUUUUGAGGUCCCGUUCAUCUUUCAACACCGCAAGGACUACCUUAUUCACGCCGCCAAGGUUCCUUCAUCGCCAGACGCAGCUAAUCCUAAUGCCCCGGAAUUUGUCGUCAGGGCACAAAAGUUAUUGAACAUGAACGACCUUUGGGAUAUUUUCGAGCAUGACCUCAAAUUCCGCGCCUAUAUCGACAAGCGACAUACAUUACAAAGGACAUACAAAAAACUCCAGGAGAUGAGUAUUCAAGAUGAAAUCGUUGAUGAAAUGCUGUUUGCUGCGACUACUAUGGAGGAGCUACAAGAUAUCCAAGAAUAUAUGCACUUCCAGUACGGUGCUCAGAUCAAAGAUAUUUCCCUCGUUUCAGACGAAACACAGGAAGCAGACGGCGAAGCCAAUGGCCAGUCGAACGGUCAAACGACGCAACGUCGAAAAGCAGGUGCUAACACUCUUUUCGAGAGAAUCCGAAAGAGUAACGUUUAUCACCUUGUGCGUGCCUUUGGUAUCUCUGCAGAUGCAUUUGCGCAAGCUGCUUCGCAAAAUCGACGUGGACAAUACGCAGAGGACCCUGAAAAGCUGCCAGAAGAGACCGCCGAUGAAACUCUGGACACUGACUAUUCAAAUGCCACAAGCGCUCUUCGAGCGGCAAAAGCUAUGUUCGUUGAAGAAUUAGUAAUGAAUCCUCGAAUGCGCAAAGUUAUUCGUGAGCAAUGUUACAUUAAUGGUGUUGUUGAUUGCUAUCGGACAGAGAAGGGUUUGCGGCGGAUUGAUGAGCAGCAUCCGUACUACGAGUUUAAAUAUUUACGCGACCAACAACUCACAGACAUUGCGCGACGCCCAGAACUCUUCCUAAGCAUGUUGAAAGCCGAGGAAGAAGGCUUGGUUAAUGUGAAGGUGACCUUCCAGAAUUUUGAAAGGUACCGACAGAGCCUUUAUAGUCAUAUUGAAUCAGACAGUCAGAGCGACAUUGCUGACGCCUGGAACCGAGAGCGACGCGAGGUUCUUGACACAGCGCUUGGAAGGCUGCUGAAAUUGUUAACCCGAAGUGUCAAGGAAAACAUUCGACAGAACUGCGAGAACAAUGUCGCUAAAGAUCUUCGUGAAGUCUUCUCGAACAAAUUGGACCAAGCCCCCUACAAGCCUAAAGGCAUGGUACUUGGCACAGUGCCUCGAGUGCUUGCGUUUUCAAAUGGCGACGCCCCUGUUAACGGUGAUCAUUUUAUUCAUUGGGUAUGGGUCGAAGAAGAAGGACGGCCGCAGGAACAUGGAAAACUGGCGAAGUUGCAAAUUGGCGAUCCAGAACGCGGUGUUCCAGACGGUGAGGAUGUUGCUGCAUUCCUCGGAUUGGUACGCCGUCGUGUGCCAGAUGUUAUCGCGGUCUCAGGCCGAUCUCCCGAGACUCGAAAGCUCUACAAACUACUUUCUGAUAUCAUUGACCGUAAAGAUCUUCGCACUGCGCCGUAUACUGUAGGCGAAGGUAAAGAGUCAAAAGAAGUCACUGAUAAGUUAGAGGUCGUCAUGGUGAACGACGAAACAGCUCAGCUGUAUGCCCACAGCCCACGGGCCGCCGCCGAUUUCCCCGUCAAGUCAGAUUGGCUUACCUCUUAUUGCUGUGGCAUAGCGCGAUACCUACAGAAUCCCUUGAAGGAAUAUGCUUCCCUUGGUAAAGAUUUGGUCUCUAUUCAGUUCACCCCUGGUCAGCGUUAUCUUGCCGAGGAUUCUGUUAUGAAGCAGCUGGAAAGUGCGUUGGUCGACAUGGUCAAUCUCUGUGGCGUUGACAUCAAUGACGCUGUUAACGAUACAGGGACACAAAAUCUUCUGCAGUAUGUCUGUGGCCUGGGACCCCGAAAGGCCUCGCAUCUGGUCAAGAUUGUCAAUAUGAAUGGCGGAAUUGUCAAUAAUCGUGUCGAAUUGCUUGGUGUUGAAGCGCAAUAUCCAGCGAUGGGAGUUAAGGUGUGGAAUAACUGCGCUAGUUUCCUCUACCUUGACUGGGAGAAUGUCGAGACCGAUGCUGAUCCCUUGGAUAAUACUCGUGUGCAUCCCGAAGACUAUGAUAUCGCCCGCAAGAUGGCUGCGGAUGCACUCGAGCUUGACGAGGAGGAUAUCAAAGCAGAAACAGAUGAAUCCGGCCCCGGUGCGAUCGUUCGGAAACUUCUCAAAGAGGAUCUUCAGGAUCGUGUAAAUGACUUAAUCCUUGAAGAAUACGCAGAGCAGCUGGAGAAAAACCUCAAUCAACGCAAGCGAGCGACAUUGGAAACAAUCCGAGCCGAAUUACAACAGCCUUACGAAGAACUGCGAAAGCAGUUUGUCUUCCCCAGUACAGAUGAGAUUUUCACCAUGCUGACUGGUGAAACUAACGAAACGUUGGCAGACGGCAUGAUUGUAUCCAUGUCUAUCAAGCGGAUCACGCCAGACCACAUUGAGGGUAAACUUGACUGCGGUGUCGAGGUUCUUGUACCCGAGUCAGAUAUCACAGAUCGACAUGAUAUUCCACCAAAGUCUCUCUUCCAAAUUCACCAGUCGGUUCAGGGUAAGAUUCUAUACUUGAACAAGAAGACCUUCACUUGUAAUAUGAGUCUGCGGGAGGAUAAAGUUAGCAGAGGCUACCAGCGACCCAUCGAGCGUCCGCGUGGUGAAUGGGACGAUGUACAAGAACAAGAAGAUCGAGACCUGUUGCAGGAAAAGACUAAAACGGAGAGUCGAUUCGUUCGUGUUAUCAAGCACCCUCUUUUUAGAGCGUACAAUUCAAAGCAAGCAGAAGAGUACCUGGGUGGACAGAACCGCGGCGAUUGCGUUAUUAGGCCGUCAUCCAAAGGUCCCGAUCAUCUCACAAUCACUUGGAAAGUUUCCGAUGGUGUGUACCAACAUAUUGAUGUUCUUGAAUUGGACAAAGAAAAUGAAUAUGCCGUUGGUCGCAUUCUGAAGAUUGGCGGGAAAUACACGUACAGCGAUUUGGACGAGUUGAUUGUUAGCCAUGUACAGACGAUGGCCAGGAAGGUAGACGAAAUGAUGGCACAUGAGAAGUACCAAAAUGGUACAAAAGCCGACACCGAGAAAUGGCUCACAACCUACACCAUGGCCAACCCCAAGCGCUCCGUCUACGCAUUCUGCAUCAACCCCAAAUACCCAGGGUACUUUUUCCUCUGCUUCAAAGCCGGGCAGAACGCCGCUCUUCAGAGCUGGAAUGUCAAGGUCAUUCCCCAAGGCUACGAACUCCAGCGCAACCCGUAUCCUGAUAUGCGUGCUUUGUGCAAUGGCUUCAAGCUGCUGUUUACAAAUAUGCAAGUCGGCCGGGUUGGUCAGGGACGGAGAUGA